GGACCAUUCCCCGGCUGGCCGAACAUGGCGGCGGCCCCGGAGGAGGAGGUAGACCGCAGACCGAUCCGGAGGGUCCGCUCCAAGAGUGACACUCCUUACAUCAACGAGGCGCGGAUCUCUCUGCACCUGGAGACAGGGAGUGAGGGGCUUCCAUCUCUGCGGAGCGACGGAGACAUGGCGGGCUGUGAAGGCGACGUGAUGCGUUCGAGGACCGAUCCAUCGUCUUCAGCGGCUCCCGCGUGCGAGGAGGAGAAGCCGAGGAAGAGGAGGAGAGCCUUCUGCCUGGGCAGGAUGAGGUCCGGCUCGCAGCAGCAGCAGGCAGCCGCCGCCAACAACAACAACAACACGCCGUUCAUCAUCCACUGCCAGAUCGGGAAAGAGAUCAAACACAUCUGCAGCAACUGCCGGGGAGCAGAGCCUCUGGACGCUGAGGAAGUGGAGCGUCUGGCGGCGAUGCGCUCCGAUUCGCUGGUACCGGGCACACACACGCCCCCCAUCCGCCGGCGGAGCAAAUUCGCCAAUCUGGGACGUCUGUUCAAGCCCUGGAAAUGGAGGAAGAAGAAGAGCGAAAAGUUCAAGCAGACCUCUGCCGUUUUGGAGAGGAAAAUGUCCACCCGGCAGAGCAGAGAGGAGCUCAUCAAGAAAGGACUCCUGAAGGAGGUCUAUGAGAAAGACGGCUCGUCUCCGGCCCUCCGGGAGGAGGUGAAGAUGGAGAACGGGCGCUCCCCGGCGCUGGGCUGCAGCCUCUCAGAGUCUGAGGGCUCUGAGCUGAUGGAGGGAGCGGCGGCAGCUGUGGAGUUUCCAAUGAUGAGUGAUGAAGCAUGCCAACAAGACCACGCCCAGAAACCAAGCCAGGCCCCGCCCACAAAGACGGCGUUGCUGUUUCCAGCUGAGAGCCCCGAAUCCUCCCUCUCCAGACCUCCCACGCUACACAAGCAGCCUCCCGCUCUGCCGCCCAAACCUUUCGGCAGGCUGCCCAACCACAUCGCAGACGGCGCCCCCGUGAAGCUGCCCUGCAUGUCGGUGAAGCUGUCUCCUCCUCUACCUCCAAAGAAGCUCCUGAUCUCGGUCCCCGCGGGGAGCAUGGAGCCCUCCGCCGUCACCUUCCAGAAGUGCCCCGCCCCCCCGGGCCACACUCCCAUUGGAGGACACUCGCUGGCGUACGGGACGCUGCCCGUCCCCCUGCACCCGCCCAGCCGCAUCAUAGAGGAGCUCAACAAGACCCUGGCCCUCACCAUGCAGAGGUUUGAGAGGGCUGGAACCGUCUGCGCUGGGAUUCGCUCGUUCGUGUCUGACCUUUGCCCUUUCCCACCAACCUGCAGCUCCAUGAUGCACGCCGUUCCCACGGCGAUGAUCGAGUGUGACGACAACAAGGAGAACCUCCCGGGGCAGGUGGAGUACGAGAGCCUGCUGGGGAUGUACAAGCACGAAGAAGAGGAAGAAGAAGAGGAGGAGGAGGAGGAAGAGGAGGAGGACAUAGAGGAGGAGUAUGAAGAUGAAGAGGAAGAUGAGGAGGAGGAAGAGGAUGAUGAGGAAGAAGACGAUGAUGAUACUCUGUUUACAAGCACGCUGGCCAUGAAGGUUUUACGAAAAGACUCGCUGGCCCUCAAACUGAGCAACCGUCCAUCCAAGAGGGAGCUGGAGGAGAAGAACAUCCUGCCGAUGCAGACGGACAAGGAGCGGCUGGAAUCCCGACAGCAAACGGCCACCAAACUGACCAGGCGGCUGAGUCAGAGGCCGACAGCAGAGGAGCUGGAGCAGAGAAACAUAUUGAAACCUCGAAACGAUCAAGAGGAGCAGGAGGAGAAGAGGGAGAUAAAGAGACACUUAUCAAGAAAGCUCAGCCAGAGGCCCACAGUCGAGGAGCUGCGGGAGGCCAAGAUCCUCAUCCGCUUCAGCGACUAUGUGGAGGUGGCCGAGGCUCAGGACUACGACCGCCGGGCGGACAAGCCGUGGACCCGGCUAACUGCUGCAGACAAGGCUGCCAUUAGAAAGGAGCUGAACGAGUUUAAAAGCACAGAGAUGGAGGUGCACGAGUCCAGCCGCCACCUCACCAGGUACGUGACACCGGUCAGAUAA